AUAAAAAACUAAAAAUGAGCGCUCCUAUUGACACAAAACACAACGAACCCUCUAUAGACUCUCGUAACCAACUCCUCGAAUGCAACGAGGCUGAAGAAAAGGUCACUAGAGUAAUAACCAACGUCAGUAAACUUCUUAGACUCUUCCAAAAAGAAAUGACUAUCGGCCUUCCCCACCCAGAAUCCCCCAAUCCACCCCCUCUCCCCAUCGAAGAGACCAAAGAACCCGCAGACGCAGACCUAGGCGACGACCUCUUCGGCCCAGACGAUGACGAGUCCUUACAAGAGAACAAAGCUGAAGAGACUACUCAUAAAGGAGGAAAUAUUGGAAAUGAAGGAAGAGAACAGAUUGAUUUAGGGGAGAAAUUGGACCAGGAAGCGGGCCAAGUGGAGGAUGAGCAAGUGGAAACGGAGAUUGAUAGGGUUGUGGAGGGGAUUUCAGAUGAUGUUGUCGUACUCUAACAGAGAAACUACAUAAAUUGGUAGAUCAUCUUAACGUACGAGAGGUGAUAAAUCCAGUAGUAAUCCAAAACUCAGUAGCGAAAAGGAUCGAUUAUCAAGAAAUGUCAAAUCUAUGACAAGAUUUUUCAAGUAUGAAUUUGACUUAG